GAUUGGUUAAUAAAUAGUUCAGAGGUCAUACGAACUAAAUGAACGAGAUGGAAAUUCAGUGUCCAGGACAAUUUAAGAUCUGAUUACAAGGACUAGCAGCUAGUAGUGUGGGAUAUGAUGGCAGCACAGUCGAAUAGUUCUCAGGAACAGACCAAUACAGAUGCUAAAGAUGAAAAAUCAGGAAAUUUCUCAUUAAAAAAGUCCAUGCCAAAUUUUUCAUCAGGGGAUGAAGAUGAGGAAUUUAUUGCACCCAGUCCUGUGUUUCUGAAGUUUUCCAGACCUAGAGGGAAACCCCAGAAUCAGCAUGAAAGUAGAAAUGAGAUGAUUAUCAAGGAUGAAAACAACGUCUGUAAGGAGGCCUCAACUACAUGUAGUCCACUUACAAAAAGCCGGGUGAAAGAUGUCAUAGAAUUUUCCUCAAUGCUAAAACCCAGAGCCCUUAUGGGCGAUUCAUUUUCUGAUGAGAUCGGUUGUCUUGCUGCCUCAAAAGCCAAUCAAAAUUGUGAAUUAGAUGUAUCUGGAGUCAAGAGGAAGAAGAAAAAGAGGAACAUUAUGAGGGCCCCCAACACACAUGAUACAAGCAGUGACACUUCUCCUGAUUCUGGUCUCAUGGAAAAAGCUCGUAAGUACUCGCAGAAAAUUGGUAGCAGAAUGAGAGAAGAGAAGAAAGCAAUUGCCAAACAGUACUUUCAUGAACUGCUGCAUUCAUGUGAUCAGAAUAUCGACGAAGAUGAAAAGCUUAAAAACUCGGGCCAGGAACAAGUUCUCGCACACAAGAAGAAAAGAAAAGCAGAGAUGGCUUGUGGCAUUUCACAUAGUAGACAAGAGGAACAGGAAUAUCUCAGUCAGGUGGAGAAAGGCCACAAAAAGAAGAGGUCAAAGGUUGCUCAGAAAUGUUGCUCGGAUGGUAGAAAUGCAUUGAAUGAGGGACAAAGUCUUAAGACGGACCAGUCCUCCAGUAAGUUUUCCAUAACUCCAAAUUCUGAAACACUAGUUCACAACAGCAGCAGUGAUGCACGAGUGAUGUCAGAUAAAAGAAUCCUCAGAGAUAUGCUUUCCAUAGAUGGCGCUGAUCAAAGACACGAAAAACCUCAGAGGAGAUGUAGGCAAAAUUUUUACUUAAAUAUUCCAAAGGAAUUACAAUGGCCGUCUGCAUCUGAGUCGGACAGUGAAGAAGACAUUGUGGAUGUGAAUACAGUGUGUUCUCGGAAACAACACAAACCUUCCAAAGGCUCCCCUGGAAACUCUCCUGGUCAUUAUGACCCAGGAAACAGUAUGCAAAUGAACAUAAGAAGGAAUAAUGAGUGCUCCCCAAACUGUAGAAGAACCUCAAGUAAACGAUGUCAGAAUAUGAUUUCUCAACAUCAGGGUGAUAGGGAGAAUGUACACAGUCUGUACAAUGAGCAGAUGUGGUUGUACAACAGUGCUAACUUAUCUGAGGGUGCAACAGCUAUGCAUUCUAGCCUGGUGAGAAACAUCAAUACUGACCAGCUACAUGAAGAUGGAAGAGAAUCAGAAAAUGUCAAUUCUAGGGAGAAACAUCACUCGGGUCAGAAUGACCCCAGUUCAGAUCAGAAAAACAAAGUUUUGAAUCAUGACAUGAGUGUAAUAUCUAAAUCGGAUGAUGAGUCUAUAUCAGGGGAAUCCUGUCCAGAUAUAUUUGAAGAAAACAGUCUUGAUGGAAAUAGUAGGGAAACAUUUCCCAUCAGAAGGAGUCAACGGUUUUUGGAUAGAAGAGACUGCAGGUGGUCAAGUUUUGAAAGACGGGAAACUGAGAACCCACUAAUUCCCUCCCCAGAGUUUUUACAUCCUCCCCAAAGUCCGUUGCUGGUUGCUCGACUGACUUCUCUUGACUGUGCAGGUCAAAGGUCAUCAUCUAGAAGUAGUGUCAAAGGGAGACCAUUGAGACCGAACAGGAAUUGUCGUCAGCGACAUGAGGUAGCACCAUCACCCAGGUCUCAGCGAAUGUUCCAGACAGUCAAUCAGAUGGACGGAGAUGAAGAAAUGGCGAGACGAUUGCAGGAGGAGAUGGACUUUGAGUAUGCAAUGACUCUACAUAAUGCUGAGAACCAGGCUCCAGCGCCGCCAUGUCCCCGGCUGUCAGAGUACCACAGCCACGAUAGUGACUCCCCCACAAUGAUGCUCACCAGGGGGAUGAGGCAAGCCACCAGAGAUAUGGACAUUGUUCUGGAGUCGUUGUUUCAUGAUGAAGCGGAGGACAGUCCUACAGAGAGUCCCAUGAUCGAUUUCCCAUUUGGUCCUCACAUGUUGGUAUCACAUGGUGUCAAUCGCCGGGGAAAUAGAAGCAGAGGUCGUCGCCAUGACUGGACAGAGCGGCUUUUACAGGAAGAACUGCAACAAGGAAGAAAUAACAUACCAAGAAGAAUUCUUUCUCACAGCAGGACAUUCUCUUCCAAUGACUAUGAGGAUCUUCUGAGUAUAGCAGAAUUGCUGGGAGAUGUGAAACCAAAGGGUAUUUCCAGUGACGAAAUGAAUCUCCUUCCUGAGAAAAAGUUCCACCCCAACAACAAAAUAACCUCAUGUUCCAUCUGCAUGUGUGACUACAUUCUGAAUGAGAGACUGAAAAUUCUGCCCUGCUUUCAUGAAUUUCAUGGAGAAUGCAUUGAGAAAUGGAUUGUUACCAAUGCUACUUGCCCCAUAUGUAGAGUGGAAGUGAAACUGUGAAGACCAGCUGAUACGCAGAAUGGAAGAGAGUUAUUUGUCUUUGCACAUUAUCUAGAGGAAUUGUUUUUCAUUUGCAAAUGUAAAAAGAGAGAAAUGUUACUAUAAUUUUUGACUGUAUGAAAGAUGUUGACAAUGCAGUAUAUAUGCUGUACCUCAGUGCUACAACAGAGAGUUAAUAUGAUCUAGUUGAUAAGGUCUAGUUACCUUACCAGUGCUCCUAAACUUUAUUCUAUAAUUUGUUGGUUAUUGAAUAGUAUAGUGCACCAGUAAUAGCUUUUUCUCGUAAGUGCGAUAUAAUCCUUGUAUUUUUGUGGGCAUUUUAUGUAUGCACUUGCUAAGAGUGUUGUAUUAACAGUUAAACAGGAAGACAACUAAGCUGCCGUGUUGUAAUAUGUCUUUCACUUGUUGGGGGCAAUAAAGCAAUAUAUCGACUUGGCUAAGUAUGUUUGUAACAAAUUUUCACUUGUUGGAGGCAAUAAGGAUGUAUAUUGACUUGACCAAGAGUGUUUGUAACAAAUUGUCUUUCACUUGUAGGAGGUAAUAAGACAUAAUAUGUUGUAUUUCAAUUGACUUACAUGUAGGUAGGGGUGUAACAUUGUCUUUCACUUCUUGGGGUGAUAUGUAUCAGUCACCCAAAUGCAGUAAAUUUCUAUCUGGAGAUUGUUAAAUCUACGUUUACAUGUACUUCACUAUUUCCAUAACGAUAUUUUUAUGCCCCAAGAAUUGAAGAUUGGGGGGCAUAUAGUUUUUGACCUGUCUGGGCAAAAAACUUUAAUUUUAGUCAUAAGAGGUAGAGCUUUCACAUUUGAUAUUUCUUGUGCAAGACCUUUUCAUGGACUCCAAAAUCUUUGACCUGGUAACCUUAAGAUUGACUUACUUUUAGAAAAUUUUGAUGUAAGCCAUAUCUUUCAAAUCACAAGAGGUACUGCUUUUACAUUUAACAUGUGCAUUUUUCUGUGAGAAGGUCUUUUUAACAAUACCAGAUUUGUUGACCUUGUGAUCUUGACAUUGAUCUUGUUUUCGAAAAUUUUCAAAAAUUCUGCUAUGUCCUACAGUUCCGCUUUUUUGUAAUCCAGGGGCAUCAGUAUUUUACAAACACAUCUUGUUAUUCUAUUAAUUUGUAAUUCAGUCAUUGGUUCACUUGACCAUUUUAUACAUUUUGCACUGAACAAGGUAUUGUAAACAGAGGGGUGAAAAAAAUGCUCCAUCUUUUAAAACUUUUACCAUCAACACCCUGAUUUGGCAAUGCUGAUGACUGGUCUUCUCUGCUCCUUUGCAAUUUGUGAAGCUUCUUAAAAAUUUGAAAGGCAAUAGUUUAGGUACAGACAUGUGAAAAGUUCUUGUCAAACAUUUCUGUUUUUAUCAUAAAUUUACAAAAGUUGGUGUUUGCUGAAGAAAGUUGGUAAACUUUGUAAUAAUGUGUGUAUUUAUCAAUAGCAGAGUGUCUGUUUCUCAUGGGAGGGAUAUCACAUACAGCAUUCAUUACAGAAUUAUUCUAUUUUUCUCUGAUGCAUGAUAGAACAAAUUUAAGACUUGUGCACGUUUGGGUUUUUUUUGGGGGGGGGGGGGGGGGGGGUUGAUAGACAAUUUUUCACAUUGUUUAUUGUUUCUGGUCCUCUAUAUAAAUACAAAGUAAUGUUACACUAUGUUUGCAUAUGAUGAGAAAAAAAUGUAUCGGGUACAUUUUUUUUACUGAUAGUAAUAAUUACAUGUAAGACAAGCUAAUUGUCUUAAUAGUGGAAUAAUGAUGAUAUAUAUUCACUUUUUUGUUUCUAUGUGUAUGGAAAAUGCAUGGAUUUUAUAUUUAAAAACUACAGAAUACGAUAUGCACUUUACAGUAUCAAUGAAAUUACAAGUUCUAUUUUUGCCCUAGUGAUCACCCCUGCCUCCAAAAUUGCCGGUCCUAUGAUUUUUAAUUUGAAAAAAUUGUGGUGGCAUGUGUGACGUUUAUAUCACUGACAUGCAUGUAUAUAGUUAUCUAUUCACAAAUUUUGAGGGAAUCAAAAUUGCUUUAAUAUUAUUAUACAUUUGAUAUUUUGCUCACCUGAACUUUUUUUAUCAAAAUUUGUCCACGUCAUAAACUUUUCAUGUUUUCACCUCUGUUUCCUUAAUUACUGGAUUAGUUUCAACCAAACUUGGUACAAACUAUGCUUGAGUAAAAGAUGAUUUAAGUUUGUUCAAAUGAAGGGACAUGUUCCAUUUCAAUUAGGAAAUAGUACAUGUAUCAGGUAUUUAAAAAAUCUCAAGAAACAUCUGGGGAAAAAACCAAACAUUCCACGGAAGCUUCCCAUAAAUUGAUAGAAUAGAUUCAACUUUGUUCAAAUCAUAAGCUUAAAGGACAGGAGUUUCACUUGGGAAUAUGUAGAAAAAUUUCCUAUCAAGAACCGCAAGGGUACAAUUUGUCAAAUUUCAAAUAAUAGAUACGGAUCUCCAUUUAGUUUCCAGUUUGUUCAAACCACGACUUCCCUGGCCAUGGUGGGGCUAGAGUAGGAGUUUAAAGUUUUACAUAGAAAUGUGUAAGAACAAUCUGUUAAACCUCUGAUCAAGAAUCAAAAGGCUACAUUCUGUGUAUGUAAGCAUCCUCAUCAUACGCAUGUAGUGCAGAUCAGUUUGUUCAUAUUGUUAGCCCCAGAGCUGAGACAGGGUCACCAUAACAUUUAAAACUUUAAGAUAGAAAUAUCAGUACAAAUGGUAAAGCUAUUUGUUAAUAUGUGAGCGUGCUCAGGUAUUUUAGAUUUAAUUUUGUUCAAACCAUGACCUCGUAGAGCUUAGAUGGGGCCACUUUGAUAUAGUACUUGAAAGUGUAUAUGUGUAGGAAAAAUCUUUUGAAACUUCUUCCCAAAUCACAACAGUAAAAUUUGUCGAAUUAAUACACAGGCAUUCUCUUGUAGUAUAAGUUUGUUCAAACCAUGACUCAUGAGGGCCGAGAGAUAUGAAUUGAUAUGAGACUACUUGAUGAAUCUUCCUUUCAAGAAGCACAAAUGUGCAGUUGGUUAAAUGGAUAUGUAAGCAUAUAUAAGCAUCUUCAUAGUGUUGAUUCACAUUUGUUCAAACGGUAGGGUAACUAUAAAGGAUGUGAGUCUAUAGAUCUGUAUGAACAAGGUGACUGGUACAAGCAUUGUGGCUGUGAAGUUCUGUUUACUGAUUUAAUUACAUUGGUCAAACUUCAUUCCUGUCUCUGCUAUCAUCAGUGUGGCACUUCAGCUAAAACAAACUUGUCUGGUGGCAUCUCUGCAGGAAAAAUCAUACUUGAAUGGGGUGCAAUGCAAAAUAUCAACAAACUAAACGGGUCUUGCCAAAUGUCAUAAAAUUUACAAUGUUACUACUAGAUCAGGUGCUCAGGGCUCUUCCUGGGGGCAAAUAUGGAAUUUUAAUGGUUGAACUUCCUUUUGUAGAUUGAAAUGCAUCCAGAUUGCAUCAUGCAAAUUUGUGUCAAAUAUAUAUAAUGUCUGAUUAAAGCACAGGAAAGUGAA